UAGUAACAUACUAUGCCAGUAUGCUAACCAUAUGAAAGGGAGUAUAGAGGCAUCCUAAAUCUAGACUUGGAAGUCUCCACACAGUGACUGUUUUAUUGAAGCAGGGAGAUCAUUCCAUAGGUGCAUGAUAAGAGAAGGCUCUGUGGCCUGCAGACUUUUUAUUCACCAUAGGGACACAAAGGUCCAUGCUUCUUUUCCAGCCAGUGCAAUAAAUACUGGCUAAUUUUUGUGUAAUCCUGCCAACCACCAAACCAAUCUGAGUGAUGAUACAAACACCUUGUCACAGGUAAUCAUUUAACUUAUAUAACUCAGCUAACUUUAUCAACCUUUUGGAGGUUUGAUGAUAAAAUUGUGACUGAAGCAGUGAUGGACCAACCUUGCCUUUCAGGUGAUUGUUUGGACUUUGUUUUUCUUGGUUUGCAGAUCUGAAUCAGCGCAAGAGAUGACCCUUGUUUUGUCCAUGAAUCCAUUCUUGGACCCAGAGGGAGACCCUCCGCUCUCUGCCUAUCAGACCAUAUGGGAACUGGAGCACUGCACUAAGAUCUGCCUGUCCAGCUCCGACCCACCACACACCUCUGAAUUGCAGUUUACACAAAAACCACACUGUAUACGAGUUCCUGAUAAUGUUUCGCUGUCACGGAUUGCGUACUUCAAGAGGAAGUUUGUCGAUGAUGACGAUGACCCUCGCUUCAGUAUCAGGAGUUACUGUCAGACUGUUGCACCCGUUUUGGAAGAGCGUACCCAUGUGCUGCGCCUAUCCCUGGAGAAGAUGCAAUUCAUAGAUGACCCUGAGACCUUUCUCAGACGUUCUGUCCUUGUUAACAAUCUUCUUCGGCGUCUCCGAGCUGAGAUCCUGCUCCAGAGUGCUGAUUGGUGCUUCCCACCCAACCUAGCAUUCACCAGCAACUGUGUCCUGCCAUCCAGCACAAGCCCUGGUCACCAAGGAUUCCACAGGGCAGUUCCCUCCCGGAUCUGUUUACUGCCCCAACCGGGGCCACCUUUCCGUAAGCGCUUUCGAAUGGUCCGUGGAGAUCAAGGGGAGCUUCGGCCUGACUGUUCUCAGAGAUGUUGCUGCAUCUAUGCAGCUGCAGGACAUUACCUCCACCUGCCGUUUUCAAUGUAUGAUGCAGCAAUUUCUUCCUGCACAUCAACGCCACACUCCUCCCCCUUGUUCCAUCUAACUAACCACAGUAAAUUGGGAUUGACAGUCUCCAUAGAAGAGCAUGAUGACGAGGAUGAAGAUGGUGAGGAGGAGGAGAAUGAAGAAGAUGACGAAAAGGAAGAAAAUGAAGAUGAUGAUGAAAGAAGAAUGGCUGGAUCUUCCCUUUAUGUGUGUAGGGAAAAAUUUAACUGGAAAAGUAGGACUCGGACCUUGCCUGACCAGAAGCCGGAAGACAUGACAAAGGAGGACUGUUGUGUGGUGGACAGGGUGGAGGAAGAAGAGAAUGGAGAGGAAGAGGAAGAGGAGCAAACUAUAAAACCUUGUCUUUGGGACUCUACGGUUACACAAAGACAGCUGCCCAAGGCCAGCAUGUGUCACCACAGGGAUCACAGACAGUGAUUGUUUGAGAAUUUUGUUACAUUUGAAGUUGUUUUGAGAGUUAAUGUCAAGAAUAAUUCUCCUUAGACAUGAAACCCCUAAAGUACAGAAUCUGCAGCGUAGAAUUGAAAAUGGAACAUUGCUGGCCACUUUUAGCACUGAAAUGUCUCAAUUAAGACAUGAGCUUAUAAUGUCGCAGUAAAAUGCAUCCUUCAUUAUUGUGUAUGUCGUGUGUAGUACUAGUCUUGUACAUUACUACACAAUGAUGUGCACCACGUUAAAUGUUCAUAUUUGUUUAAAGUUUGCCUGAAUGACACUGAUGAUUGUGCCCACAGAAAAUGUUGCAAGGAAGUGACUAUUCUCAAAAAACUAGUAGUUUAGCGUUCCCACAAUUGUUCACACAUCACAGUUAACAGCAUCAUAAAAUGGCAGCCUUCAGAUGUAGCUACCAAGUUUGUUCAGCUGCUCUCACACCUGCCCAAGUUUGGCACCAUUUUGUGCCGUAACUGAGCAAACUACAAUUCAACAUACUUGGACUGAUUUCCCCAAGCAGCUCUCUCUUGGCUUUGUUUGGUGCAGAGUCCUCUCAACCAGGCACACUGCUUGGCAAUAAUCUGGAGAAAUCUUUUUUUUUUUUCUGCUUUAACUUUGUGGGCAUCCUGUCACUAUGGCGCCAUGUGUCCUUAGUUCAGGAUGACACAGGGCAGGCUCUGCGCAAUUAGAUUUAACACCAUUUAAAGUUGGUGUACACUUUGUCCUCCACUCGUGAUAUCUUGGGGUAGUUUUUUUGUGUGUUGAUGUGAAAACUGGUUGUGGAAUUGCACCAAUUCUGCACCGUGCUGAGUGGCUGAGUUAACUUGGAAGAUGAACCAGAGGUCGGCUGAGUGCAAUAGGGCUGUGAAUUUAUGAAACUUGAAACAUGUUCAAAGCCGGCAUGAGUUUAUCCAAUCUUUCCCAAGUUGUGCUGAUCUAUGCUGAGCAGCAUAGAUUAGCAGCAUAGCUUCCCUCCGGGACGCACAUAACUGUGCCAAGGCACUGCUCGGAAAAAAAAAAACUCAGCAUCAGAUUUGGCCAGGAGUAAUUGUUGCAUUAGGAAACAGCAUUUAAUAAUCUGGACUGAGAGCAGCUAAUGCACUUUAGCUAAUGCUCAGAUGCAUGCAGAAUUACAAGUGUAUUAUGGUCCCACUGAGACUGAGAAUUUGCUCUUGCAUGAGUGAAGUUGUUUUGCUAUGAUGUGAACGCAUAUUGAGGUUGCAUGUGUUGUGAUCUUAAGACACUAAAGUUCCCUGUUGCACUGUCUGUAAGACCAUUUUCAAACCUCUUAAGCACAAAACUGAAGGUACCAAAUAACACUGGUUUGAGGUCUUAUUUUCAGGACCCUAAACUAUCGUUUGAAAGGAAGGAUUCAGCACAUACUCCUGAGGGUGUGCUUAUGGGUGCAUAUUAAAGCUAAACUGUAACAGUUGCUUUUCCAUUGGUAGACAUGAUGUGUGCCUGUCGAGUUUGGUCACAGACAAACAAUGUCCAGUAUAAAUAGUGGUUUAAAAAAAAAAAAAAAAAUCCAUCUAUUAUUUUUACAUCCUGUAUCAGGCAACUGAGAGUGAUUGUGCUGCAGCAGCCUGGUGGCAGAAUAUGUAUUGUUGAAAUUAUUUUAACUGACAACAAUCAUAAAUGUUUAAUUGUUAAAAUUCAGUUUCUGCUAAGAAACUGUUAAGUGCCUUGGUGAUUUUACAAAUAUAGGAUAUUGUGUGUUAAUAUAAUUGUGCUUGUUGCUAUUUUUCAUUCCGAAUUGGUAUAUUUCAGGAAAGCAAGACAUAGGCAUACAAAAAAAGGGGAUUCCUUAAAGGGGACAUAUUUGUACAUCUUUGGUUUUAUAAUUACGGUGCAUUCAGAUAGUAUUCACAGCGCUUCACUUUUUCCACAUUUUAUGUUACAGCCUUAUUCCAUUUAAUUAUUUUAAUUUUUUUCUUCAAAAUUCUACACACAAUACACCACA